UGACCAUCUCUCUGACAGGACUGAGGUUAAUAAAUUAAUACGCGGAGUAACGCCCUCGCUCCGUACUCGGCAAACCGGCACGAGUUCCAGAUCGUCCUGGGCAAAUCGGGUUGCUUUGAGGAUGGAGACUGGCCUUAAUUCAAUCAGAUCCCACAGUUACAGCCGUAAGAUGAUGUCUACCUAAUCUCCUCUCCCUCUGGAGUCUGGGGGUCAAAAUGCAAGGAAUCCAUCGCAAUUCAUCGUGCAGGAAUAAUACGAAUCUCAGCUUCGUCAUCGGAACUCAAUCAUUCUUAACUACCGUGUGCCGCGAUAAGGCAACACCGAUCCUUGGGUCUCUUUGCUACUUUUGGAUGAUGCGAUUAUGAUUAGGGCUCUUUCCGGCACGCAAGCAGCCGGCGUUAUUGCCGAUGUCAUAGUCUCUUCCCAAGAUUAUGCCAAUUCCCUCCCCUUCGGCCUUUCGCAGAUGUCCGAGGUUGGGGGCUUUCUUCCUGUUCCCCAAUAAAUAACAAGCCAAGUGCGGAAUUCUUGCGCUACCGAUCUCGACAUCGGCAGCCAUUUGCUGCUUGUGACUCACUGGGUCUGUGUUAAAUGCAGCUUGUAACCUUCCAUGAAGGGACAAGUAAUAACUGACCGCAGGAUACCAGGAUUUUGUCCCCGUUGGCUGUGACCACUAAUUGCAUGGACGAUCCUACUAAUAUAUUCACCCAGUCCCGGGAUCUCGCUUCCCAUUCUGUUCCCGUUUAUACGUUUAUAUAUAAACAGCGUUCUACGGCCCACACACCUUUUCAGGCAUAAAUUUCUACACUGGCCGAUUGCGACUCGUUAUAUCCGUAAAGGAUCCUACUUUUUUCCUUCAAUGCUUCGGAUCCACCGGUUACAUGACCUUGCAGGUAAUCUGGCUCUGGGUAGCGAGGCUGGUUUAGUCGAACUGUAGGUUGCCAGCGUUGACGACCACCGCUGAACAUCUCGACAACAAUGUCUCCUUCAUCGCAGAACGCCACUCCAGGAGGUGAAGCGUUUCUGGAAGCCAACCAUGGUCGUGGAUCUGCAAAUACAUGCUCAGAUUCUAUCGUGGAGACUAUUUCCUCGGAGGAAACCCUAGAAGAUGUUGGUGCUCUGGAGACGAAGCUGUCGGGACGAAUCUCUCAGAUGUCCGAUCCUUAUUUGGCCCGCGAACUCACAUCUGGCACUGGUGAUCCCGAAUUCGAAGUAGAUUGGGAGAGUGACGAAGAUCCUGCCAACCCCAGAAACUGGUCGUUGGCCUACAAGAGCUUGAUGGUCUUCUUCAUUUCGUGGAAUACCCUGAUUGUCGUCCUAUACUCCACAUCAUACACCCCUGCCGUUUCCGAACUUACUACUUACUUUGGAACCUCUGAGACUAUCAUGACCCUGGGACUCACUUUUUACCUUCUGGGUCUAGCCUUUGGCUCUUUGGUCAUGGCCCCUCUAAGCGAAAUGUAUGGUCGAAAGCCCGUUUGCGUGCCUAGUCUGUUCCUCUUCGCGGUUCUCAUUAUCCCAUGCGCUCGCGCUACGUCUGUGGCAGAGAUUAUGGUCGUCCGAUUUCUUUCGGCCUUUUUUGGGAGCGUCAUGGUUUCUGCUGCUCCGGGACUCGUCGCAGAUGUGGUCAAUGAUGAACAUCGGUCUCUGGCAAUCUCUAUUUGGAGUAUCGGGCCGAUGAAUGGACCAGUUCUGGGUCCAAUAAUUGGAGGGUUCGUGACACAGUAUCUAAGCUGGAGAUGGAUGGAUUGGAUCACUCUGAUGUUAGCAGGUGUUGCGCUAUUCUUUGCUUGUAUAAUGAGGGAAACAUAUGCUCCCAUCAUACUUCAGAGGAAGGCUGCUCGACUACGUAAAGAAACAGGGGACUCACGCUGGUGGAGUCAGUAUGACAAUAAAAUGAGUCUAUUUGAACUAUUGAAAAUAAGUCUCAUGAGACCAUUCGGCAUGAUCGUUUCGGAACCUAUUUGCAUCUUUUGGAAUCUCUACGUCGGAGUAGUGUACGGAAUCCUCUACCUCUGUUUCGUGGCCUACCCGAUUGUCUUCCGCGAAAUUCGAGGUUGGUCCCUUGGUAUCUCGGGCCUUGGCUUCCUCGGGAUAGGGAUUGGAAUCUUCAUCACCAUCGCCUGUGAACCCCUGAUCCGCCGCAUGGUCAAUGCACACAAAUCGGACCCAGAAACCGGGAAACCCCCUCCGGAGGCAAUGGUGUCCAUAAUUUGUAUCUCCUCAAUUCUAAUCCCUGUCGGAGAACUAUGGUUUGCCUGGACCUGCUCCCCAAAGUCGAUACACUGGAUCGUUCCCAUUCUCGCAGGCGUUCCCUUUGGAGCUGGGAACACAGGCGUCUUCAUCUACAGCGCCAGCUAUCUUGCUGGUAGCUAUCGGAUCUACUCUGCGUCCGCGCUGGCAGCGAAUUCGGUGGUCCGGAGCAUUCUUGGUGGGGUCAUGCCCCUCGCAGGUUCGCCCAUGUAUUCUCGGUUGGAUGCGAAUUGGGCCGGGACCCUUCUGGGCUUGCUGGAAGUCAUUCUCAUACCGAUUCCGUUUGUUUUCUGGAAGUAUGGGCACAAGAUCCGGAUGAAGAGCCCGGUCAUCAUGAAAAUGGAGGAAGAUGAAAGGAAGGCGAAGUUAAAGAGGGAAAACAGAUGGCGCAGGCAAGGGAUUAAUGUGGGAGAUUCGGAGAAGCAAAAGGAGACUGUCUAAGUCUACAACCCUCUCUCCAACAUAUAUCCCUGUGGAAGCAUGAAAAGAAGAAAGGGCUCUUUGUUUGCUGAUAUUCUUGGUAACAGCCAGUAUUAUCUCGGUCUCGUCAAUUCUUGUCUAUGCUUACCGUUGUGGAUGAGAGAAAAGGCAUCAGAAAAUGGCAUCACCACCAAUAAUGCAUUGAAGGAGCAAGAGAUGAUGGAAAUGAUAUUCACUAAAUAUAGCAUAAAGCAUAGUCAGAACAU